AUGUUCCUAUCGCACUCGUUCUACUCCCCGCUCGCGCUCUGUACAUACGCGAGUCCUUCCCCCCCUCGUUCCCCUGUCUUAUUCUUUCUCCCCCUAGGUGUCAGUCUCGUUAUCGGCCAUCUUGCUACCUUUACGCGUGCAGUAUUUCAUUUCAUCUACAUAUUCGUUCGGCGGCGUUAUAUUCGGCGUUUUAUAGAGUGGAUGAGCGUCGCUGGUGCUGGUAAGUAG